GAUUGCCAUAUUCGAUGAAGGAAGCUGGCUUUCCUCUAGGAAUACUGCUUUUGUUUGUGGUUGCCUACAUUACAGAUUACUCCAUCAUAUUACUGAUCAAAGGAGGAAACUUGUCCAGUACCAAAACCUAUCAAGAGCUGGUCAAAAAAACAUAUGGUCUUGUAGGUUAUCUAAUCCUUUCAAUUCUCCAGUUUUUAUAUCCGUUUAUUGCUAUGAUCAGUUACAACAUAAUAACAGGAGACACUUUAACGAAAGUUUUUCAGAGAAUUCCUGGAGUUGGGCUGGAUAAUGUGCUUACCAACCGUCACUUCAUCAUUCUUCUUACCACCAUCAUCUUUACCUUACCUAUAUCUUUAUAUCGAGACAUAGCAAAAUUGGGAAAGAUCUCUCUUCUUUCUCUGAUUCUGACCAUUGUCAUCCUGAUUAUUGUGAUGGUGAGAACAGUAACCUUCAGUCCACAAGUACCCAAAUCAGAAAAUGCAUGGAUAUUUGCAAAAUCAAAUGCAGUACAAGCCAUUGGGGUGAUGUCAUUUGCAUUUGUCUGCCACCAUAACAGCUUUUUAAUAUAUGGGUCUCUGGAAGAACCCACUUUAAAGAAUUGGUCUCAAGUCACACAUAUGUCUGUGACCCUUGCUCUUAUCAUCAGUGUAGUGUUCGCUGCCUGUGGAUAUAUGACUUUUACAGGAUACACAGAAGGAGAUAUAUUUGAAAACUACUGCAGAGACGACAACCUUGCUACAUUUGGCAGGUUUUGUUAUGGAGUUACUGUAAUUCUGACCUUCCCCCUUGAAUGUUUUGUGACCAGAGAGGUGAUUGCCAAUGUGUUUUUCCAUGGGAACCUCUCAACAGUUUUCCAUGUUUUUGUGACCAUAGUUAUCAUUGCUGUGGCGACUGGUGUAUCAUUAGCGUAUGAUUGCCUUGGAAUAGUUUUAGAGCUGAAUGGAGUUCUGAGUGCUACCCCGCUUGUUUUUAUCAUCCCAUCAGCGUGUUACCUAAAGCUGUCCAAGGAGCGGUGGAACCAUUCAGAUAACCUCAUAUCCUGCCUGAUUCUUGUUCUUGGUGUGCUAGUGAUGGCAGUUGGGUUUGUCAUGACUGUCUUGCAUCCCCAGGAAUGUAGCCAUGGAAAAGAAAUGUUCUACUGCUCCCCUAGUAAUGUUUCUUUACAGAACAGCACUCUUCCACCAUAGGUACCACACAAACCUCCAGACUAGAUCAGGCACAUCUCAUAGUCAACCACACGUGCCAGUUUAAAGGAGAGUGAAACGAAGAUUUUUCAUGUUUUGAGAUGCACUAAGAAUUUUAAACUGUACAACUCUAUUUAUGUACUUGAUUAUGUUGCCAUCCUUCUUCAGGUAAGACUUCAGUUUUAACUGUUGAAGCACAAACACACUCAGAGGUGCCUUUCAGUAGACAUUACUUGAAUAACUUGCAAGCCUACCAAAAAGAUUACAUUUUUUAAACUUAGUCUGCAAUGCUGUUUAAAAGCUAUAAAUUAAAUGUUUUGGAAUAUAAACGUUUCCCAUGUUUCAUUGAUUUAACUUAGGCUUUACUAAUUUUAUAAUCUUUGAUUAUAUUUAUUAGGACACUACAGUAUUGGGUUUUUUGAAGUCCUGAGAAAAAAUAUGUCAGGUUCUCUGUGUAUUACAGUUCUGCUAUUAAAUCAAAAGACCCUUAUUAAUUCUUUGAUUUUGCUAUAGCUGUCCUUUCGACCUGAAAGCUUCCCUUUUACUGGAUCUUGAGUCAAAGGAAAUUUUGUAUUCUGACUGAACUGUGACUGAUACAAUUUAAUUAUAACUGUUACAAUAUGUGGUCUUGUAAUUGAAAGAUAGUGCACGAAUAAAUCCACAAGAGUGGAUUUAAAAAGAUUCAACUAGGCAGUCUUUGUAAAAAUUUCAAGAUUGACAAAGAAGGAAAUUACAUUGCAGCUCAAUUCUUGCAUUUAUAAUCUUAUUCAUUAUUUCUGAAACUGAAUUGAAACUAACAUUCUAAACCUAAUUACCAUUCUAGUCCUCUGUUUCUUUUCAGUAUAUGACUAAUGAUUUUAUCAUGGUUUCUCAAAUUUUGGUGAUUUUUUAUGUUUUCCAAAAUUCAUUUAACAGCAAGGAGUCAUGUAUGUAUAUGUAUAAAUAUACACAUAUACAUAAGUAUAUGUAAAAAUAGACUCGUGCCUAUGGAAUAGGACUAAUUUGAGGUUGAGUAAUAUGAGUAUGCUCAGUCAUAUCAAUGCUGUCAUUUUGAAAAUGUUUUGUUACUAAAUCAAAAUGUGUACUUGAGUUAAUUUUUGUUUUAUUGUGGUCCUUGUGGUUCCUCAUGCCAACUAGAUGUGUAAUGCUACUUCAUUUUUAUGCUGCUUAAUGGGAAUGGGUUUUGCCUUCAUCUGGCAUGACAAAGACUGUGUCAUUCAGGUGUUCCAGUUAAAUAGAUCUGUGAGCAAGGGUCACUAGAUGGUAAUAAUACUUGUAAGAAAAACACACUUUUUGAAAGUAGUGCUUCCAAAAUAAAUGCUUUAAAUAUUACUGGGGUUUUUGUUGUUUCUUUGGGUGUUUUUUUAAGUUGCAAGGCAAUUAGAGACAAGUGUGAGUAUUACUCUGCUUUUGUUUCUCUACAUAGUGUCAACUUUGAGGGUGAUAAUUUAUUUGUUCUCCAGGUAGCUGAUACUGUUCACAGAGAAUAUUUCUCACUAGUUUAGAUUCAGUAAUAGCUGAUUUUGUCUUAGUUGUGAGUGAAUCGUUACUGAAUAGAUUCACUUUCUUCUAUGCCAAAUGGAAUUAAACUCAAAUAUUUCCCUGUGACAGCUAAUGAGUUCUU